AUAGGGUAUAUUUUUUGGUGUAAGUGUAGCAUGGUCCUUAUUGCACGGGCAUUGCACCUAUAUCAAUGACCAAUAAUAAUAAAAACGAAAACCUCUCCCUCCCAAGAAGAGCUCACUCAUUGGCAUGGAGAAGAGGAGACCAAUCUUGACUCCCACCUUCUUCUUCUUCUUCUUCUUCUUAUGCGUUCUCUCUGUUUUUCCAGAAGUUUACUGUGGUGAAGGGAGGAUUGCUGAGGUUUCCCCCAGUACUGUGAUGUUCGUUUUCGGGGACUCCUAUGCCGACACCGGCAACACCCCCAAUGGCUCCGCCUGUUGGACUGAGCCCUACGGAAUCACUUUCCCCGGCAAACCCUCCGGCAGAUUUUCCGACGGCCGUGUUCUUACCGAUUUCAUAGCCACUUACCUGGGGAUCGAAUCACCGCCGCCAUAUAGAAGAAGAAGAAGAAGGUGGAAUGUCGGUGGCAGUAAAAAAGUAAAAGACGGGGUAAAUUUCGCGUACGGCGGGACCGGGGUUUUCACCACGGUUCUGGGUGGGCCCAACAUGAGCACCCAAUUGCAUGAAUUCCAACGACUGGUUGAACAAAACGUGUAUACCAAACGCGACCUAAGCUCUUCUCUUGCUCACGUGUCGGUGGCUGGUAACGAUUACACCACUUACGAUCUCAAUGAUGACCCUCAAAAGAAUAUUACAGAUUAUGCAGAGUCAGUUGUUAGUGAGAUAGUGGUGAACCUCAAACGCCUGCAUGAAUUGGGAGUUGGGAGAGUGAGUGUGAUCAACGUGCCGCCGUUUGGAUGCCUUCCCAAGAAUGCCACCACUUCUGCCCUCUGCAACGACACCAUUAACUCGUCAUCGGAGCUUCACAAUCGAUUGUUGAAGUCCGCUGUGGAGAAACUGAACAGUGAUACUCGUCGUGGGCGAUCCACUUUUCUGAUUCUCGAUCUCUACUCUGCAUUCAUGUCUGCCUUACGAGGGAAGAAAUCAUCAAGUUUUGACAAGGGAUUGGGAGAGUGUUGCAGAGGGACAACAAGCGGGUCGAGCUGCGGGGAUGUUGACAGAGACUCUGGAACAAAGAAAUAUGUGGUGUGCGAGGAUCCCAAGCGUUCCUUCUUUUGGGACACAGUCCAUCCUUCACAACAAGGUUGGCUUUCUGUUUUUUCGGUUUUGGCACCUUCUCUCCACACCUUCCUCUUCCCUCUUCCUUCACCGGACGGCUCUUCAUCUGCAGCUAUUUAACCAUGAUAUUCAUAUUCACAUUAUUAGUGAGAUAAUAUUUUAUUUUUUUUAAAAAAAAUUUCUUUUAAAUAAAUAUAGUACUACAAAUUUGUGUCAGAAUGUCCAUGGGAAACUUAUGCUCUUAUUUGUGAUGCAUAUAUAUAUAUAUGCUUGUAAGAACUAGAGAAGUUUAAGCGCUCUACAAGAGAAUCCUUUGCUUAUUUAUUAAG